GAUUUUUAACGGCUCGUUCGAGCGUGAGUGCAGGAAGCGCGCGCUUUUUUGCAUUUCUAAUGUCAUUUUCACGCCGGAGAGCUCUCGGUUAGCGCUUCCCCACAAGAUGCCCGUUAUCUUACAGCUGUGCAAGCAGCUUCUGAAUGAACUCUGGGAAUUGUUACGUGAACGCGACUCAAAAAUUCAAUUCAUUUCGAAUCUCGAAGCGUUUAAAGGAGCGUCAAGUGCCUUCGAGCUUCCCCUGAUUUUGUGGAGAUUUGGAAACAGAGCUUGAGAAAAUCGGAAUGAAAAACAAGAACUAUAAAAAAAAUAUAAACUGCAUCAGAUCCUGAGUUCAUCCUUGGACACGUUUCUCACGAGUUACAACAGUGUAUUUUGGCCACAAGCUUCAGAAUUCUGAAAGUGAAUCUUGUAAAAAAAAAGUUUAUAAUAGUCCUGAGGGGUGCAGUUUCUGCUCAUAGCUUUAAUUAUGAUUUCAUUCAUACCCAGUUUAUACGAAUUAUUAUACACUAGCUGGACUGGAAUUAUUGAAAAUGUGGUACAGCGGUAACAUUUUUGUUCACCUCAUCUGAAAAACUUGCAGUAACGGUUCGGGGGAGGGGUCAAUUUAGCGCUUGUAUUUACGGUUUGGGGAAGGGGUCAAGUUAGCGCUUGUAGUUACGGUUCGGGGGAGGGGACGAGUUAAUGCUUGAAGUUACGGUACGGGGGAGGGGUUCGAGUUAGCGCUUGUAGCAUUUUCCAAAAACUUUAUUUUGUAGAAAAUCCUUACAAAUUAAUGAAAAGUUACAACCGGUCAUCAUUAACAUGCUUAGCACUCACACCAUUAAAUCAUUCUCGGACGUUCGCAUUUCUAGAAAUUUUGCUUGCUUUGCUAUAAUGGCAGUGCUUUAGCCGUGCCACGGCGGCACCGUUGCCUUUUCCUUUCUCUCUUUCUCAGUAAUCCCUCUCUCACUGAAAAGGCGGUAAUGGGUGAAAUUGUGCAGAACGUAGGGCCUCUGCAGCGAUUAUCCUGACUGAUAGCGGGAUGAUAUGUCGCCUGUCUGUGAAAGCUCAUUGACUCCGUCUCGCCCAGAUUUGACACGCCAUUUUGCCGUGAUCUGUGUCUUCAGAUUGAAAUCGACGCCGGAGAAUUUUUGUCUUUUUUUCCCCUUUCUUCUUCCCCUCGUCUCACCGUGCCAUGAGAACGGAUGAGAGUGACAGCACGAGCCAGAUGGAUGUUUUUUCUCAACGUCUCGCCCAUGUUCCUUGUUAUUCGAACACUAAUGACACUGACUGCAUCAACUAUGAAGAAGAAGUGGGUGAUAGCGAGCAGCCUGGUGUUGGCCGUGUCUCUGUUCUUGGUGUUGGUGAAUUACUCGGAGAAGCCGUACUUCCGGCUACAGCCGAUGCUGAGACAGAGUUUCAGCCCCCGAUGGAUGUCGUCACGGUUACACAAAGCGGCACGACCACAUCUGGGCUAUGUCAGCGUGCCCAAGAAGGAGCCGCUGAAGCUGAGCUGUAACGUGUGCAGCGUGGUGUCGAGCUCGGGGCAGGUGCUGGGUCGCGGUGCGGGCGCCGAGAUCGAUCGCGCCAGCUGCGUUUGGCGGAUGAACAACGCUCCGACGCAAAGGUACGAGAAGGAUGUGGGUAACCGCACAAACCUGCGCGUGGUCUCACACACCAGUGUGCCGCUCCUGCUGCACAAACCGCAGCACUUCUUCGGCCCGGCGUCCAACGGCACCGUGUACGUGGUGUGGGGGCCGCGGCGCAACAUGAGUCCGGACGGAAGCGGUGUCAUCUACAACAUGCUGCGGCACGUCGCCGCCGACUUCCCCAACGCUCGCAUCUACGUCACCACUGACAAGCGCAUGGACUACUGCGAUGACGUGUUCAAGAAUGAGACGGGCCGUGACAGGAUUACAUCGGGGUCAUACCUGAGCACCGGAUGGUUCACCCUCAUCUUAGCCAUGGACAUGUGCAAGGAGAUACACGUGUACGGUAUGAUCAACAACACCUACUGCAACCCCUUCAGAACCCGUGAAAUAUACGCUCGCCUUAACAAGACGCACCGAGACUGACUAAAAAGGAGGCUUGGAUGAUAUGAAACCCUGAUCUGAGAACAGUGUCAAAUACCAACCUGUAGGUUCACUUCACAUGAUGUUUACUUCAUAAUUGCGAUUUUUCAUAAAGUUACAUGACUAUACAUAAAGUAACAGUUUAUGCAGAUAAUAAAGCGACACUGAAUCAAUAUUUAUUCUCCAUAAAGCCGAUAUGAGCAGGGUUUAUUUUACGCUUCUUGCCCAUAGCGCUUUCCCCUGCUGACCGUUCUGGAGGAGUUAUUUUUCCUGCUCUUGCUUUCCUCCUGCUCCUACAUCUGUUUGCUGCCAUAAGCUGUAUGUGUAAUGCUAAAGUGUCUGACCUAGUUAUGUCUAGUGAUAUAAAAUCAAUCUUAUUUUACCGUCACGUUACUGCUGUCUUAACAAGCUGUCAUGCUUCACCCGACCCCGUUAGUCAGCAGCAUGGCUUCGUAAUUCCCAGUCCGGUUGUCUCGUUACUCUCUGCAGACUGCUCAGGGUCUGAAUAGCCUUAAAGAUGGUGUGCUUAGUAUAUUUGUAAUUAGCCAUCCAUUAUGCAUUUUCCACCUGCUCCAAAACAAUGAGCCAAUUUCAUUUUAUAGCUAAUCUCAUCUCGGCCACCAGUUAAAGCUGCAAAGCGGAGGAACAGGGAUCUUCUGUGGAGCCAUUUCCAAUUUCCAUAACGAGACAGUACCGGAGGAAGGCAUCUGUUUUAAAAUGUUCUGCUCGGCUGUAGUAGCAAUUGACCCUAAAUGGUUUCACUGUCAUUUAAAUCCAACAGGUGCUCUGGGGUGUUGCAGGGGAGUGAGAUUGAAAUCGUUUAUAACUUUGCAGGACCUGAGAAGAGAAGCAGAACGGAACAGACAGAGUAUACUGUAACGCUACAGGAGAGUUUCACGCUGAAUCUUUGUACUUUAACAGUAAAUAGUGUUCGAGCGCUAAAGAAUUGAUUUCCCUUUGACUCGGAUUUGAUUGGUCAGCCAAGGCUUGUUUAGUUUUGCAGUGGAGCUGUGAGGCUAAUGGAAAUCUGUCUGGAUGGAGACCCGUGGGACAUUUUGAGUUGAAACUAAAAAUAACAUUUUUGAGAUUUAGCUUGAGACAGAUUUCUCUUCCUUGAUGGCCACAGGAUGGCUACAAUCUAAGUGUUCUUCAAGGGUUCUUGGGAUAUUUUAGCAUUCUUAAAGGGAAAGUCUCACAUCUCACAGCUCGAUCCUUGGAUCCUGUCUGUCUGGAUUUUCGUAUUUUCUCCGCUCUUGUCCAUGUGGGUUUCCUUUGGGUUCUCUGGUUUCCUCCCAAACACAUUCUGAUACAUGGACUGGCAAAUCUAAAUUGCCCCUUGGUGUGAAUGAGCGUGCGAUGGUCUUGCGUCCGGUACAGGGUUGUGUGCAUGCCUUGCAACAAGCAUUCCCCAGGUCCAGCGUGACCCUGACCACGAUAAAGCGCUCACUGAAGAUGAAAGAUGAAUCAAUCAGGGUUCCAUUGGAAACAUUCACUACUGGAGAGAACCUACUUCUACCUCCUUCUACUUUUUAUACCUAAGAGUGACGUCUUAGCAUUGCUUUGGUUCCCUUAAAGGUUUAUCACGUCAUGCGUGACAUAACAUAAGAACAAUCACAAUCUAAUCCACUUUUCUAUUUCCGUUCUUGCUCUCAGAUCUGAAGGCUACAGGAAGGUGCCGUAUCACUACUACGAAGCCGGAAACCGCGACGAGUGUGCCGAGUAUGUCCUGCACGAGAAUGCCCCUUAUGGCGGCCACCGCUUCAUAACAGAGA